AUGGCCGCCCGCAACAUGGACGACUACGAGGCGAAGCUGCAGGACAGCACCCUUGACAUUAAAACCAAGGCAGCCCUACUUACCGAGCUACGCGACAGCAUCGACACGCUAUCUCAAGGCAACAACUACGGCAACUUCCUUGCCAAGUUCGUACCCAUCUUCUUGGACAUACUCUCGGGCCCGCCAGUCUUCACUUCUACCUCACCCGAGCAGAGGGUGCGGCAAUGCGUGCUCGAGAUCAUCCAUCGAUUACCGCUCGGUAGCGCCGACAACAGCGUUGCCGAGCCAUAUGCGGAAAGGAUCAUUGACACAUGCUUGGGUCUGAUCAAGAACGAGAACGAGGACAAUGCGGUACUGUGUUUGAAGAUCAUCAUGGACUUCUGCAGGUAUUACACCAAGUCGCAGACCGUGAUAGAGAGGGCGCAACCUUUUCUGGACCUCAUCCUAGAGAUCUUCGAUGGCAUGGAGCAGACUGUUACCGACACCUUCGACACGGUAUCCGCCGUCCCACCGACAGCAGCUGCAGCUACACCUACGGCUUCCGGUACCCCAGGCUCACCCGUCGCAUCGAGCAACCAGUCGAUUGUGUCUGUCGAGCCAGGCCCGGAGCAGCAACAAACCCGACAACUUGCGCACGGCAUGCACAGCUUCAAAGUUGUCGCCGAAUGUCCAAUCAUCGUCGUCUCCAUCUUUCAGGCGUACCGUGCUAUCGUGCCGAAGAACGUCAACAACUUCACGCCCAGAAUCAAGCAGACGCUACUCCUUCAAGCCGCGCCGCAGAAGCGUGCUCACGAGGAAGCGCAAGCGAAGGGCGACACCUUUACGGGUGUCGCACGCGAGAUCAAGGCUAAGGGCCAGGCUACUGCCUUCGGUGAACUCGUCAUCGCCCAAGUCAAGACCAUGUCGUUUUUGGCGUACUUGCUGCGAGCGUAUCAACAAUCCUUGACCGACUUCUUGAAUACCCUGCCUGAGUUGACGGUGCGUCUGCUAAGAGAUGUCCCACGCACUCACACAGCUACUCGGAAGGAGCUACUUGUUGCGAUCCGGCACAUCAUCAAUUUCAACUUCAGGAGAGUCUUUCUGCCGGUCAUCCUACCACUCCUGGAUGCUAAGACGCUUGUGGGCGACUCGCUGACUGCGGACGUCACGUUGCGACCACUAGCAUACACCAUGCUGGCAGACCUGGUGCAUCAUGUCCGCGAGGAGCUGACACCCGAGCAGAUUUCCAAGGUUGUGUCGGUAUACGUGGGCCAUCUAGCGGGUGACGAGAGCGUGGAUCUUCCGGGAACGAGCUAUCAGACUAUGAGCGCGAAGCUCCUACUUAAUAUGGCAGAAUGCAUGUCGAAGAUCGAGGACAAGAAGGAUGCCCGGUAUCUGAUGAUGCUCGUGCUCAAUGGAAUAGCUGAUAAGUUUGCGGCUAUGAACCGUGCCUGCUCGAACGCUCAAAAACUGUCACGCCUCCAGACAGAGGGUGGACACUCGGUCGACGCAGCGCCAGAGAACUUCCUUGCGGAUCCUGAAGCGAAGCCAGACUGGGACGAGACCGACAUCUUCAGUGCCAUGCCCAUCAAAGCAGUCUCGCCACGCGACCGCGCGAGUGACCCAGUGACGGAGAACAAGUUCUUGUUCAAGAACCUCCUGCACGGCCUCAAGUCGUUCUUCUACCAACUUCGCAAUAGCAACCCACCGAAAGUGAAAGAGGAAAUGGACGGCAACAACGUACCCGCGAACUGGAAUGACUUGUCGUACGGCUUCGAGGCAGAGGAGGUGAAAGCACUCAUCAAGCUCUUCCGUGAAGGUGUCAAGUGCUUCCAGUACUACGCGCCGCAGGAUGGCUCGCCUGAGACAACCACGGCGGAGUCGGCGAGCAGCCAGAGUCUGGCCUCAUCCACUGCUAGCAGCAAGGAAGAGAAAGACCUGCUCGAGACUUUCGCCACCAUAUUCCACCACCUGGAUCCGGCGACGUUCCAUGAGAUCUUCACUGCUCGCUCACCGAUCACUGAUGGCGACGGCGAGGAAGGCCAGAAGGCCGAGAGCGGCAUUGAGUUCUUGUACCGGCAGUGCUUCACCCAUCCCGCGCUGUUGCACAUUCCGCAAUUCCUGCUCGCGUCCGAAGCCACCAGUCCUGCCUUCUGCGGCAUGCUUCUCCGUUUCCUCAUGUCCAAGCUCGCCGAAGUCGGCGAGACGGACAAUACUAAGACGUCGAUACUUCUGCGCUUGUUCAAGCUGAGCUUCAUGGCCGUCACGCUGUUCAGCCAGUACAACGAGCAAGUUCUCUUGCCGCAUGUCAGUGAUCUUAUCACCGGCUCGAUCGAGCUGUCGGUUACGGCAAACGAGCCGACGAAUUAUUUCCUGUUAUUGAGGAGUCUGUUCCGCUCGAUUGGUGGCGGACGCUUCGAGCAUUUGUAUAAGAAUAUCUUGCCGCUGCUGGAGAUGCUUCUGGAGGUGCUGAAUAUACAGCUUGCGGCUGCUGAGGAUGGCGGGACGAGAGACCUCUUUGUCGAGUUGAGCUUGACGGUGCCGGCGAGGCUUUCGCACCUGCUGCCUCAUCUUGGCUACCUCAUGCGGCCAUUGACUGUAGCCUUGAGAAGCGGCGAGCGUACUCCAGCCUCCGAGCACAAAGGUUCGAUCACAGGCGGCAGUUCUGAUCUCCGGUCCGGCAGCGCUGGAAGCUCCGAGCUGACGGCGCAAGGCCUGCGGACGCUCGAGCUGUGCGUUGACAAUCUUACGGCGGACUAUCUCGACCCCAUCAUGCAGCCGUGGAUGGAGGAGAUUAUGGGAAGUCUCUGGCGCAUGCUCAAGCCUGGAUCACUCACCUCGAGUCCACCGCCAGGAUCAGGCAUGCCAGCCGUAAUGACCGGUCAUACAGGCGCACACACCGCGGUUAGGAUCCUUGGUAAGCUGGGUGGUCGGAAUAGACGUUUCCUUAGUAGUCCUCCGGAGCUUGACUGGAAGGGCUAUCCCGAUGACGAGCCAAGUGUCGAUGUCCGGCUCAUCGGAGCUGUCACUAAUGGUGGCGAGAGGGCUAUGCCGGUGCGCCUUGGCAUUGACAGCGCGGUUGAGCGUCUUUGGGAGCCGGUGCCGAAAGGCGAAAAGGCGAUCAAGACGGACGAACAUUAUAAGAGACAGGCUUUGCGGUUGGUCGUCAGUCAUGUCAAGUUACUGAUCGGCUUUGACAACCUGCCGGAUGAUCUGGCGAGGCUUGUGCGCCUGCAGGCGAAUGAUCUGGCUGAGCGUAACUUUGACUUCGGACCGGACUUGUUCAGCGUGUCUGAGCGGCAGAAGAGCGCCGCGAAAAGGGAUGCGCAGCAAGCUACGCUUUUAAAACUUUUGAGAGCGCUGAUGUGGACCGCCGGUACGAUUGACGAGCUCAAGCAGGAGGCUCUGGCGUUCUUGCAAGGAAUAUACCGCCAUUUCAUGGUCAUUGAGCUCGGGACAUCGCUAGCGAAGGAGAAGCAUAAGCGCAGACCGUUCGAUGUUCGGAGCGGCGAAGGUCCCGUUUUUGUCGAGACGUCAGCUCUUGCAGACGCCAUCUGCGACAGUCUGGCGUCGGAUGUCGUUGGCGUUCGCUCUAUUGCGGAGCAAGCGAUGCAGACCUGUCUCCAGACCGCUGUCAUUAUCUUCGGUACCGGCGAAGAGAAAGCAGAGUGUCUGCCCUUCUUCAACAAGCUCGCCGAAGUAUGCGUACAUGCUUGCUACGAUGAGGAGUGGUUCACGAAACAGGCUGGCUCAUCGGGCAUUAACUUGCUUACCGACUCGAGCAAGAUGCGCUUCGGGGAUCGAUGGGUCGCCGACAAGCUGCUUGACUUUGUCCGGGCACUCUUGUAUGUCAUCAAGGACAUGCCGCAGGAUUUGCCCGCCAGUAUCCGCCUGCGGGCCAAGGAUACGAUUGUAGCGCUGGUGAGGCGUUUUGGUCGCAGCGAGUUGGCAAAGAGUGAGAGUUUGGAGGCGAAGGAGGAUAAGCUGCAUCAACUUGCUAAUCGUCUGACGUCGGAACUAUCGCACGUCAACAGACAUGUUCGUGAAGCGGCGCAGCUGGGCUUGCGUACCCUGGCGACAGAGCUCAAUAAGCCGAUCUGGGAGAUUGUUGGGCCGGUCAGGGAUGAUCUCGUCAAACCCAUCUUCAUGAAGCCUUUGCGUGCGCUGCCCUUUCCUGCGCAGAUUGGGUAUAUUGAAGCGAUCAAUUUCUUGCUCGACAUGGAGCAUGACGUCUUGGCUUUCACUGAGGAGCUCAAUCGGCUACUCUUCGAGACUCUGGCGCUGGUGGAUGCCGAUGAUGAAACGCUCGCGCAGAAGCCUGGCGAGUAUCGCAAUGCGGAGAACAUUGUGCGGUUACGUGUGGCUGGACUGCGACUCCUUACUACUGCUAUCAGGUUUCCAGGCUUCAACACGGCUCAACAACCCGGCGGCGGCGCCGGUCAUCGGGCGCGUGUGAUCAGUAUCUUCUUUAAGAGCCUCUACAGCCCGAAGAAAGAGGUGGCGGUCGCUGCCAAUGCUGGCUUGAAGAUCGUGCUCGCUGCAACGCAGAAGCUACCUAAGGAUCUGCUUCAGAACGGCUUGCGGCCGAUCUUGAUGAACGUGCAAGACCCGAGGAAGCUGUCCGUCGAGGGGCUUGAGGGACUCAAUACGCUUCUACAGCUUCUGACCAACUACUUUAAGGUCGAGAUUGGGACCAGGCUGCUCGAUCAUAUGAAGCAUAUUGCCGACCCUGCCACGCUGCAGAAGGUCAGCUUUAACCUUAUUGACGAGCAGAAGCAUAUGAAGGUCGUCACGGCGAUCUUCUCGGUGUUCCACUUGCUGCCGUCCGCCGCGGUGCAGUUUCUUAACGAACUCGUUGAUCGAGUAGUUACGCUUGAGGCAGGCUUGCGGCGGACUAUGAGCUCGCCCUUCCGGGAGCCUCUGAUGCGUUACUUGAAUCAUUAUCCGGAAGAGAGCUGGACGUACUUCAAGGACGCAAUGAAGGACGAACGUAAGGGACGCUUCUUCGCUCAAAUGCUGGCUGAUGCUGGGAGCGCUCCGCUUAGGGAUACCGUGCUGAAGGACGUGGAUGCCUUUGUCGCUUGUUUCACUGAUGGACAGCUCGAUGCAGAGCAGAAAGCCGUUGCGCAAGUCAACGCGAUUCAUAUUGCGGCGUCUAUCUGCCUGUUCCCGGAGACUGGGAAGCAGCUGCUGGAUAAUGAGGGUGCUAGGUCUGCCUUGCUGCAAGUUGCAAUCGAGCUGCAGGUCCAACUUGAGCGAAAUACCCUCCCGAGUACCAUCCGUUUGGCGGUGGUGCAGAGCAACGAGCAGAUCAUUCGAGUGGCGGUUGUCUACUUUGAGAACCACCCAGAUGAUCUGGCGUCUUUCUUCGGACUUGUCGAAUGCUGCACAUUGGGCCAGCUGCACGCCACGCCUGCGCUGUACACAUACCUGUACAAGCACGUCAUUACGAGCGCGGACGUGGAGUACCAACGAUCGGUCGUCUUACGCUGCAUAGAUACCUACACUUCGCGGACGACGGAGAGCGGUCAGCCGAUACCGCAGAGGUUGAAGUGGUUCGUCUUCCAUAACAUCCUGAACCCGGUUCUAGCGAACGACGUGCUCCGCAACUGGGACGGCAUCUUCGAGCCAAACAGCAAGGGCACCGCAUUGCUGAACAAGGAUUUGACCGACGCUAUCCACAAUAAGCUUUGGAAGCCGCAGUCUGUCGCGGACAUCUCGGAUGACGGCACGCAGGGUGUCGACCACAGCCGCAUGGAACUCUUGCAGACUUCAGCUUUCUUGGUCAAGUAUCAUCAUAACAUGCUGCAGGAUGCUCGCAAGGAUCUCAUCAAGUUCGGGUGGAACUACAUCCGCCUCGAAGACCACAUCGACAAAUACGCGGCAUAUUGCCUCAUCGCUUACUUUAUUGCGCACUAUGAGACGCCACCUAAAAUAGCAAUGCAGGUGUACAACACGUUGUUGCGCGCACAUCAAGCGGAGGGGAAGAACCUCGUGAUGCAGAGUCUGGAGAUCCUGGAGCCGGUGCUGAAGAAAAGGCUCGGAGGUGGUCCGGAUGGGAAGCAGAGCUGGUGGUCCCGUGUGCCUCGUAAGAUCCUGAGCGAGGAGAUCGGUAACGUGCAGCAGCUGACGAGUAUUUACAACUUUCUCGUCCGACACCCGGAUCUGUUCUACGAGGCGAGGGAUAGCUUUGCGCAGAUCACCAUACCAUCCAUCACCAAGGUUGCGCAGCUGCCGAGUCCAUCGGUGGAGUCUCGGAGACUGGCGCUCAACAUCUUCACUAUGAUCUGGCAGUGGGAGGAGCGCACGUUGAGAGAGCAUGGCUCGCUUGACGGUCCGGGUCCGGCGACAGCAGACAAUCCAUCAUCACUAACCGGCGUCAAGAGGCUUGCUGUGGGUCCUCCCCACAUUAGGUUCAUGCUCAUCAAGUACAUGGUACAGUUCAUCGCCACGCUGCCGGAUCGUUUUCCAGUUGGUAGGCCAAAGGAUGAAGCGCAUAGCUCUGGACAGAGUUCGGCAAGCCAUAGCGGCAUCGAGACGGUCACAAAGGCGACCGAUCUGCUGUAUCGCCUUCUGUCGCCCCCUUUCUGGGAUGAUGUGGAUAUUGACAACAUGAUCCCGAAAGUCACAGAGCAGAUCCUAUGCGGCGACCACAAGCCGGAAGAGAAGAUCGAGCAUUGGACGACCCGGGUGGUCAACACGAUCCAGGUUUUGAAGGUCUUCGUGUGCAGUAGGCCGAAUGAAUGGGUUGUUGCUCGGUUGCCACAACUGCAGAAGCUGCUUACGAAACCUCUCAAGAGCGAGACCGCCGACAUUUUGGACGCGCUGCAUAAUACCCAGCUUAGUGAACAUGCCGAACCCAAGCUGCCUGCCCUGCUGCAUCGUGUACUUGAGGCGAUACCUACGAAACAGGCGGAUGAUGAAUUGCCCGAUGCCGACAGUCCAACCGAGGAGUUCAUUAACUUCGUGAGCAGCCUAGCAGGAGAUGCUAUCAACAACGGCAAUCAUCUAGCGGGUGUCAACAUCUUGUGGAUCAUGGCUCAGCGGAAGCCCGAAGACGUGGACGUGCAUAUUCCGGCGCUGCUGAAGACGUUACAGCAGAAGCUCGCUAAGGAUCAUUUAGCCAUGCAGUUCAACCCUCAGCUGGCUUUGAUUCAGGGGCAGCAGCCUCAGCUACCAAACGUGCAGGAAAGCGAGGUGAACGCCGACCUCAUCAUGAAGAUCAUCGACAUGCUGUCCGCACGCAUGGGCAUCCUCGGCGAGUCACGAAGACCGUACUUGAGUGUUCUGGCCUCGCUGGUGGAGCGCAGCAACAACGUCCCGCUAUGUAGGAAGAUACUGCGCCAGGUUGAGGAUUGGGUCUUCCAUUCUAGCGAGCCGGUGCCGACUCUGAAAGAGAAGACUGCGGUCUUGCAGAAGAUGUUGGUGUUCGAGCAAAAGCAGGAUCUGACCCUUUAUAACGACUUCAUGAACCUUGUCAUCCGGAUCUACGAGGAUCCCAAGAUCUUCCGAUCCGAGCUCGCCGUACGCAUGGAGCAUGCCUUCUUAAUCGGCUUGAGGAGCCAGGACAUUGAGAUGCGUGCGCGCUUCACUACCAUAUACGACCGUGCAUUAAGUCGAUCGACUAGUAACCGCUUCUUCAAGCUCAUCAGCGACCAGCAGUGGGAUGUGCUGGGGGAUAGUUUCUGGUUGAGCCAGAUCAUCCAGUUGAUGUUCGGCUCGCUGGAUCACAACUCCGCCUUGCAUCUCCAUUCCGAGGAUUUCAAGUGCCUUCCAGCCUCGAAAGUGUAUGGCACUUACUCCAGUGACGGACGCGCCGCGGAUGUCAUGCUUGAUGAGGGUCUUGAAGGCUUAAUUGCCGCCGAGAAGCGCUUCAUGCAGGAGGUUGGCGGCGUGCGAGCUCGCGAUGUGCUGGUUCCUCUCUCUGACCUGCAGCAUCCCGACACGCAGUUAGCACACGACAUAUGGGUCGCUUAUUUUCCGAUGUGCUGGUCCACGCUUUCGAAGGACGACAGGGAAGACAUCGAGCAAGGCUUGGUGGCCCUGCUCACCAAAGACUUCCAUCAGCGUCAGGUGGAUAGGCGGCCGAACUGUGUGUCAACGAUGUUGGAGGGCAUCGCUCGUGCUAAGCCUGUCUGCAAGUUCCCGCCACAUGUAAUGAAGUACCUCGCUCGUACUUACGAUGGCUGGUACGUUGCCACAACAUACACGGAAGAUCUGGCCCUCAAGCCAAUUGUUGACACUGCGACUGUUCGAGAGAGCAACCUUGACGCUCUUGUCGAGCUUUAUGCCAACCUCGAAGAGGGCGACCUCUUUUACGGCACCUGGAGGCGCCGUGCGCAGUUCGUUGAGACCAAUGCGGCACUAUCCUACGAGCAAAACGGCCUUUGGGACAAAGCGCAAAACAUGUACGAGCAAGCUCAAAUCAAGGCUCGCACUGGCUCAUUGCCAUUCUCACAAGCGGAGUACAUGCUCUGGGAAGAUCAAUGGGUUCUUUGCGCGCAGAAGCUACAAUCGUGGGAGAUCCUUGCAGAGUUCGCUAAGCACGAAAACAUCAAUGACCUGUACCUCGAGGCGAUGUGGCGCAACUACGACUAUUGGAAGGAGCAAGACAAUCGCGAUCAGCUCGACAGCAUCAUUAAGGCUGUGUCUGACGCGCCCACACCCCGGCGGCUAUUCUUCCAGGCUUUCGUCUCCCUGCUGAAAGUGUACAAUAAGCAGGAGUCAGGACAGGAGUUCAUACGUAUCUGCGAUGAGAACAUACAGUUGUCGAUCCGAAACUGGCACAAGCUCCCGCGGCGUAUCACUAACGCUCACAUCGGCCUUCUGCAGAACUUUCAGCAGCUGGUCGAGCUGCAUGAUGCUCACAUCAUAUGUCAAAGCUUGGCCCAGACCAAUGCCACCAACCUCGACGUCAAGUCGCAAGAACUUAAGGUGCUGCUUAGUACUUGGCGCGACCGAUUGCCCAACAUCUGGGACGAUAUUAACGCUUGGCAGGAGCUUGUCACGUGGAGGCAGCACAUAUUCCAGGUGAUCAACACUACAUACCUUGCUCUCAUCCAGCCAUCCGCGAAUAAUGCAACUAACAAUAGCUACGCUUACCGCGGCUAUCAUGAGACGGCAUGGAUUAUCAACCGCUUUGCUCACGUUGCGCGCAAGCACCAGAUGCCGGAUGUGUGCGUAACACAAUUGAGCAAGAUCUACACGCUGCCCAAUAUUGAGAUCCAGGAGGCAUUUCUAAAGCUACGCGAGCAAGCGAAGUGUCACUACCAGAACCGUAGCGAGCUGACGAGCGGCCUCGACGUUAUCAACAAUACCAAUCUCAACUACUUCGGUCAGCAGCAAAAGGCUGAAUUCUACACAUUGAAGGGCAUGUUCCUCAGCAAGCUGAAUCAGAAGGAUGAGGCGCACGAUGCUUUCGGUACCGCGCUCUUCUUCGACAUCAAGCUGCCGAAAGCCUGGGCGGAAUGGGGUCGAUACAGCGACUUUCUGUUCAAGCAGGAUCCGAAUAAUUUGGAGCUAGCUGGCAAUGCAAUCAGUUGUUACCAGGAAGCAGCUGGCCAGUACAAGAGCGCUAAAUCACGCAAGCUGUUGAGCCGCAUUCUUUGGUUGCUCAGUCUGGAUGACGCUCAAGGCACGCUUGCUGCCGUGUACGCCAAAUUCCAGGGCGAACAUCCGUGGUGGUAUUGGGUUACCUUCAUCCCGCAGUUACUCAACAAUCUGUCUCGGACUGAAGGCGAGGCGAACAUCGCGCACCAGAUCCUGACGAACCUCGCAAAGACAUACCCGCAGGCACUGCAUUUCCAACUGCGCACGAGCCAGGAAGACAUGCAAAUCAUCCGGAGAAAUCAAGAGUCCCGAGAGAAGCGUGAACGUGAGGCGCGUGAGGCAAAGCAGCGGGGUGAUCACAUCAAGCAAGAGCAGGGGUCUCCAAGUGCUACUCGUCCCGACAGCAGCGCCGGUGGUAACUCCAGGCCGGUCACUGCAGGUGGUGAUACGCAAAUGGUCAACGGCACAAGCGAUGAGACUCCGAAGAAGGAAGGCGGUGAAGACGACAAGACCGACGCCACGCCCAAGCCAAAAAAGCCGUGGCAACAUACUGAUGCGCUUGUGGUCACGCUACGGACAGCCUUCCCCCUACUGUACGCCUCGAUGGAGGCUAUGGUCGAGAACAUCCAGAAGUACUUCAAGUGCCCACCGGAUGAGGACGCUUACAGAUUGAUCAACGCACUGCUCAGCGAUGCGCUGGGCUACAUUGGCCGCUCACCGCACACCUUCGCGACGGACACCAAGCUUCCUCCGCAAACCGAGGCGAACAUCACUCGCUUCGCCGAGUCUGUCCUGCCGGCGCACAUCCGCAAGAGCUUCGAGAUGGACUUUGUCACUAAGAAGCCGACUAUGCUGGAGUACAUUCAGAAGCUUCGGAAGUGGCGCGACAAGCUCGCCGAGAGGCUUGACCGCCGGCCGAAUACAUUCCACCUGGCGGAGACGACGCAUCUCAGCGGCUUCCGAUUUGUGUGGUUUGACGAAGUGGAAGUGCCAGGUCAGUAUCUGCAGCACCGGGAUAAGAACCAGGACUUUGUACGCAUUGAGCGCUUCAUGCCGGUCGUUGACUUGGUGCGAGGAGUUGCCAGCUGCCACCGUCGCCUCAAGAUUCGCGGCCAUGACGGCAGCCUCCACCCCUUCGCGAUCCAGCACCCGUCUCCGCGUCACUGUCGACGCGAGGAGCGGAUACUGCAAUUGUUCCGCAUCUUCAACAGCACGCUCGCGAAGAAGAAGGAGAGCAGGCGCCGCAACCUACAGUUCCACCUUCCAGUUGUGGUGCCGUUGUCGCCGUCCAUCCGCAUAGUGCAAGAUGACGCCUCGUACAUCUCACUGCAGGGCAUUUUUGACGACUACUGCCGGCGCAACGAGACGGACAAGGACGAGCCAAUCGCUUACACCAUGGAGAAGAUGCGCGGCUUGUCGCCGCAGAAGCAAGAUCAAUUCCUUCACGUCCGCAUGGAAGCAUUGAACCACGUCCAGGAACGGUACGCACCCAAAGAUCUUGUCCGCAACUACUUCGCCGCCACCUACCCAUCCUUCGACGCUUUCUGGCUCUUCCGCAAGCAGUUUUCGUACCAGCUUGCUGCGCUGACCUACAUGACCUUCACAAUGCACAUGACCGUUCGCUAUCCCAACAAGAUGCACUUCGCGCGUCGCACCGGUAACAUCUGGGGCUCAGACCUGCUACCUUACAUGGCCAGCAAUCGACCUUUCUUCCAGAACCCGGAGCCAGUACCUUUCCGUCUCACGCCCAACCUGCAGAUGGUCAUGGGACCGAUCCACACCGAAGGCAUCUUCGUCUGUGCUCUGAUGGCCAUUGCCCGCUGUCUCACCUCCGACGCCUCGCUCCCACCAACCCUCCCCACCCCUCAAAGCGCGACCGAGCUGGACAUCGCGACUUCUUCCGAGCUUGAGCACCAUCUCUCCAUCUUUAUCAGAGACGAGAUGACGUUCUGGUACACGACGAGCCAUCGGCAGAAUAUCAAGGAGGGCGAGUUAAGAGAGAACGUGCAGCGGAACGCCGACGCAAUUGUGAAUAAGGCGGUCGUGCUCGCGAGGGAGCCGGCGGCGGGCAAUUUGCCGGCUAGUCAGAGCGUGUUGGAUCUGGUGGCGCGGGCGACAAACCCGGAGAAGUUGUGUCAGACGGAUAUGCUGUGGCAGCCGUGGCUAUAA